AUGAACUAUUUAAGACUUUCUCAUAUUGGUGCUUUUAUUUGCCUUUUGGUUUUGGUGGCGCCUAAAAAAUUCCAAGAUGCUAAUGAACAGAGAGCUCUAUUGGGUCAUCGUUCCCAACCAUCAUCUGUGGUCUACCCCAGCAAUCAAUGUGUAUGCCAGCCAGGACCACCUGGUCCUCCCGGCGCUCCAGGUGCAACAGGCAUACAAGGUUUGAAAGGUGAUAAAGGACCAGAUGGUCUACCUGGCCGCCCAGGACCCCAGGGACCCAAAGGACAGCGUGGAUCUUCUGGACGCACUGGUAUUCCUGGGCCUAUUGGUCCACCAGGCCGACGUGGACGACGAGGAUUUCCAGGAGAACGAGGUCCCGCAGGACCACCAGGACCUCCAGGGCCUGUUGGACCGGUAGGUCCUCCCGGUCCGCCUGCUCCUGCUGCUCGAUCUUUGGAUGGCGAUUUGGCAUUAAAUUUCCGAGAAUAUGAUGUAAAUGUGGCCCCAAUUGAUGAUGAAGAUGAAGGUGAUGAUGAUGAUUAUAAUGAUGAAGAUGAAGAGCGCAAGAAAAUAUAG